AUGCACAAAUUCAAGCAGAAGGUCAAGCGAUUUUUCCCUGGAACCGAGAAAGCUCAGGCAGCCGGCAAGCGUACUAGCGCGAACCAACGCCGUCAAGUAGAGGCCUCUGAAGAUAGCGAUAAUGCCUCCAAAGAAGGCGCACAUGCCUUGAGAGACCGCGAACAGGCUUCUCUAGACCGCGAACAACCCUUGAAAGAUGAAGAAGCCUCGAAGAAUCAACAACCCUCCGAAGAUGAUGAACAAGCCUCUGAAGACAUCUACAAUGGAUAUAGUGGGUUCUUCCCGGUUGUGGAACUCCGGUCUUCUUUGGCAGCAAAGUUCACUAAUGCGCAUAGUGUGAUUCUUGUACACGGUAUCGGAGGUCAUUGGAAAGAGUCUUGGGAACGUGGAGGAUUUUCUUGGGUCAAGCACUUCCUACAGCCCGACCUCGAAAAGGCUGGCUUGACUGCGGCCAUCCGGUCGUAUGGAUAUGACUCAAGAACCUCCGCCAAUUCGGUCGCGAACAUUGAGGAUGUGGCCACUGCGCUACUCAGCUGGAUGUACAAUUACGAACCGAGUGGUCCAAUCAUCUUUGUGGCCCACAGUCUUGGUGGUCUUGUUGUGAAGAAGGCAAUCAUUCUCGCUCAUACGGACAAUCAUCGUUACGGAGAACUUCUCAAAAACAUUAGGGGAUGUGUGUUUCUAGGAGUGCCACAUAUGGGAGCUGACAACACGUGGUGGAAGACACUUCCCGGGAAACUUAUAAAGGUUUCCACGAUUGGUUUCAAGGGGAACAUAGAGUUUGCAGCGAGCAUUGAGAGAGAGUCCCAGAUUUGGAGGAACAUCGCCAAUGAUUUUGUGCCUCGUAUAAGGGAUCUCCUCGGAAUAUACUCCUUCUACGAGACACAGAAGACUGGCCCGGUUCUGAUUGUCGAUCGGGAGUCUGCGAUAAUGCGGGUGUUGAACGAGGUUCCAUGUCCCUCCGACUCCAGUCACGUCACGAUAAACAGCUUUGGCAAACACGAGCGGCAACGGUAUCAGCCUAUUGGGAUUGCAAUCAAAGAGCUGAUCAAGAGGGCACAUGCUGAGCUUGAACAGCCUGUAGAGGAAAUCGUCAACGAUGCGGCUGAGGGUCUCUUACAUACAGAGCUGCCCACAGCUACCGAUACAUUCUGCGGCCGAGCGAUUGAACUGCUUGCCAUUGCACAAGCUCUAGACCCGGCAAACCCAGGACAAAAGGGCAUUGUGCUCUGCGGCAUUGGCGGCUCUGGCAAGACGCAACUUGUUCUUCGGUACAUUGAGCAGUAUCAGCAACUUUACACUGCUAUUAUAUGGAUCAACGCGUCCACCGCACAGCACACAAUGCAAUCCUUUACCGAAGCGGCGAGCAUGGUUUCGGUAGAAUGGCCACCUCGCGACCUUCCUCUAGCGUACGUUGGCUCCGAUAACUGGCGCAAAGUGAUUUCGCGGCUCCGUUCCACCCGCCACACUCGUUGGCUCUUGAUCAUUGACAGCAUAGACGAUUUGAACCAGGACAACUUCAGACAGUACAUCCCUUCUUGCAAUCACGGGUCUAUCGUCGUUACAAGCACACAGAGUCAGGCUCCAGAAGUUUUUCGGCUGGGACGACUAGAGGUGGACCGUCUGGACUUAGAUAGCGGUCGUAAACUUCUUCUGACAUGCGCUUUUGGUUCUAUUGAGAAUGCCACGCUCUCCGAGGAUGAUUCUCGCUCCGCCACAGCUAUUGUGACCGAACUGCAUGGCCUGCCGCUAGCCAUAGAGCAAGCUGGCGCUUUGCUUAAAACAGUCUUCUCACUUUCUGACUUCAUUGACGCCUAUCGGGUGCACUAUCGUCUUCUCAUGGAUAGGUAUCCUGCACAGGGCCUUUUGUCUUACGACAAACAGCGCUCAAUCACAACUGUUUUCGACAUGCUCUACAUAUCUACCAAAGAAAGGAAUCCGGAGGCAGCUGCUCUUCUCACCUUUAUCGCAAUCCUUGGGCCAUGGCAAAUUCCAAUGUCUCUGAUUAGCCAGUUCCAACUCAACGAAAUUGAAGUCCAAGAUCCUACGGAUGAGGACACGAAAGCACUUACGACAGCCCUUAAUGACUACACAGUUCUUCGUCUAGCCCUGGAUGAUCUCGCUAGUUCUGCAGUCGUUGCUACGGCAGACUCUAAGCUCCUCGAGGAGAUUCGACAAACGGCGCGGACGCCAGAAAACGCUCCCACACGUAUCUCUUCAAGAGCAUUCCAGAUUAGGGACAACGAAGAGGACUACCGCGACUUGGAGCUUGAGGAGAGAGCAGGCUAUGGUACUGAGCUUCUUGGCGCAUCUUACGAAGGCGACGAAGGUGUGGUUAAGUUGCUACUGGGCCUAGAAAAUGUUGAAGUAAACUACAAGGACAAGAACGGACGGACGCCGCUAUCGUGGGCGGUAUUGGGAGGGCACGAGGCGGUGGUUAAGCUACUAGUGGCGCGUGACGAUGUUGAGGCCGACUCAAAGGAUAAGGACGGAUGGACGCCACUAUCGCGGGCGGCAUGGGGAGGGCACGAGGCGGUGGUUAAACUGCUAGUGGCGCGCGACGAUGUUAAGGCCGACUCAAAGGAUAAGUACGGACGGACGCCGCUAUCGUGGGCGGCAUGGCAAGGGCAAGAGGCGGUGGUUAAGCUACUAGUGGCGCGUGACGAUGUUAAGGCCGACUCAAAGGAUAAGGACGGAUGGACGCCACUAUCGCGGGCGGCAUGGGGAGGGCAUGAGGCGGUAGUUAAACUGCUGGUGGCGCGCGACGAUGUUGAGGCCGACUCAAAGGAUAAGUACGGACGGACGCCGCUAUCGUGGGCGGUAUGGGGAGGGUACGAGGCGGUGGUUAAGCUACUAGUAGCGCGCGACGAUAUUAAGGCCGAUUUAAAGAAUAAGUACGGAUAG